CCUUAGCAGUUCUGCGGCGUCACAGAUAUCGUGUGCUGUGUAUAUCUAGCAGAAGAUAGCAGUGCAAUAAUGGAACUAUUUCGUCUGUCCUGACCUGUGCUUUUUGUUAUUAAAUGGAAUAAAGUACUGUUACAGAGUAGAACAUAUUGUGAGUGAAAAUUUACAGAAAAUGUUUAAUUUGUGUUUUUCUUAAGCAGUCGUAUUUCAUUUAGGUAAAUUGUCUAUCGAUAUUUGUUGGUAAAAGAAAUUGGAAUUUCCCUUAAAAGGUGUGCACUGAUGAUAGAGAAAUGCUCCGUUAGUCGUACUACAACGCCUAUUGAAUAGAGUACCAGUUCCAUACAAGAACAUGUGAUAAAAAUACAUCCUCGACGAGAAGUUACUCUGUCACGCGAUUGGAAUUGAGUACAAGUGUUAUAUAAAAUGCGAUAAAAGAGGACCGGCAAACAACCAGAAUAGCUGUGCUUUUUAGGCGAAACGUUUGCGGAAUAAAAGUAUAAGUGUUUUAUGUUUUACAAAAGCUGUGAAAAAAAUGAUACCAGGAAAAGCGGAAUAUCGUAAGACAAACGGAAUAAGUUGCUAGUGGUUUACACAAUAUGUGAUACAAGAAACAAACGGACAAGCGAUAAUGGAUUUUAUAUUGUAUAUGAUUUUUCUUCUACUAUCAUUGGAACAGGUUGUAACUGUGCCACUAGCACGACGGCGGAAACUCCAGCCAACGUUCCUGCCGACACCAACAAAUAUUACAGUUCACCGAGGAGAACUAGCUGUUCUUAAAUGUCAUAUCAAAGAUGUGGGACCAAAAAUGGUUGUAUGGCGUGAACAAGCACGAGAUGUUCCAUUGACAAUCGGACAGGAAAUAUUUUCACCAGAAAACAAUAUGGCAAUAGAAGUACACAAAAUUUCGGAGCACGAAACACAAUAUGACCUCAUCAUAAAAGAUGUUGAAACACAUCACUCUGGGACAUAUUUAUGUCAAGUAACUGCAACAAAACUUUACACACACUAUGUUACAUUAACAGUUUUAGAUGAACCAAUAAAAGUUGAGAAAAGAAUAAAAUUAACUGGAACUGAAUUUGUGAACCAAGAUAGCCGAAUAAUGUUACGGUGUAACGUCACCGGAGCCCUGCAUGCACCGGACGAUGUUGAUUGGUUCUUUAAAGGAGAACGAAUUAUGACUCAAUUGCCCCACUGGAGGGAUAGAACACAAAUAUUACGGAGAACUAUGGGAAGGAUGUAUAUUAGUGAACUAAUAGUGGAUAGGAGUACGUUAGAAGAUGACGGCAUAUACGUUUGCAGAAGUUCCGGAAGUUCAAUUGAUGUGGAGGAUAUAACAGUUAACGUCUUGAGUGCAGACAAACCGAACGUGAGUCGCAGAGACAAGGCGAAUCUCUCGCAGACAGGCGAUAUUGGACCAAGUUCUUCAGCCAUGGUUGUAUUCCAACAUUCCAGUAUGGUUUAUAUAUUAACUCUUAUUUCCUAUGUAAUGAUUUCUUUGACCUCAAACGGAUUUACAAGACUAACAACACAUACAUUAAAUUUGUCAAGGACUGUUUUUAAUUGUGACAACUGUGUGUACAGGUGAAACCGUGGAAGCAACACUACAAUCACGUGCCUUACAUUCCAGUAAUCGAUUACAGCGAUUAUCAUUUUAUUCAUCGUGAAAUGCCUCAUUAUCGUCAUCUUAUAUCGUCGCGUUUAUCGUCGUCGUCAACGCUAUCGCUCAUGACAACAGCACGGGACAGUUGUCAGCGAUUUUGUUUUGGCGAAACGGAAUCAGUAUGAAUAUGGAUACUGGAACAGUGAAUUUGAAAAGUUGAUAAAAUAUAAUCAUUGACUUUCGGCAUAAUAUACAGUGCAAAAUAAGUGUAUAAUUUGCUGAUUGGCACUAAGACUAUGGCAUACUGUCAGACGAAUGAUGGUAAAGUUAUACAUAAAUAAUAAAAUUGUCCAUCGAGGACAUUUAUUAUGUAAAUGCAGUUUGAGCUAAAAGUGUAAAAUUAACCAGGUGAUACAUCUCCUAGCUGCUUUAUGAUAUGAAGAAUCAUUUGUGUUUAUAUAGAAUUGUGCAAUGCUAAAUGGACAAUAGGUAUGAUCCCUUACUGCAUGACAAUGAACAUUGCCCGGUGUACACAGAUAUUAAAAUAGAUACAGCGGUUCUAAAAGGCAAAUUUUCAUUUAUGGUUACGCUUUUAAUAGUGCAAACUGACUUAUAUUUUUGGGAUAGUCAACGAUUGUAAAGACACAACUGUAUUUAGAAGCCAGUCAAGGGAACGAUACAAUUAUUGGGAGGUGGCUGCUUAAGACAAUAGGAAAUCAGAGAGUCAGCAUGUGCAGUAGGCAGACUGGCAGCUAUAGCUAGUUCCACUGUGUUUUAUUUUUUGCAUUUCAUUAAAUUUAGGUAUGUGUUUCCUCAAAGACGACUGUUUCAUUCUCUAAUGUUAUACAUUUUGUGCCAUAAAUACAGGAGUCUACUAAAUCAUCCACAUCGUGAUAGAGACAUUGUACACUAUUAACAGUGUGUUAUCAUCAACGCCUUGCAGGGCAAGCUGGAAAGUACAUUAAUACAAAAUGAAAGUAAGAAAACGCGAAAUAGGACAGGAGGACCUUCAGAGAGCUCAAUGGUUGUGAUAAAUUCAUUACAUUAUGCGUGUCUUUAUUUUAAAUGUAGUUAACAAAACAUUGUUUUGUAAUAUGCAUUUCAUUGAUUUCUUUCUACUGAUUUAUGAUAACUUUUGUCAGUAUUUAAAUUCUUGAUAUGAAUUUUCUGUUUGGUUCUACAUUUUCUUAAAUGUAUGCUAUUUACUCAUUUGUCUGUUUAAACACAUCUCUCAAAACUGACUUUCAAAACUGAAGCAAAUGUCUAAAGGACGAAUUAGAGAACAUAAAUACCUCUUUACCAGGCAAACUGAAGACAAAUCACCAUUAGACUUUCCGUAACGAUGUUUUAAAUAUUGUUUACUCGUUGAAUAUCUUCUGUUAGCUUAAAAUUGAGAUUAACUUUUUUAUAUAGCUGAAUUCUAUAUUGAUUAACAUGUUGUAAGCUCCGACACUGUUUUAUAUUUAGCAGGUACAAACUAGCAAAAUGGCAUAAUAAUGUACUGAACAGGGAUAAAAUGAUAGUCUGUAUAUUCUUCAUGCAGAUAAAAUGACUAAAUCUAUCCUGUUUUGCACAAAUUAGUACUUAAUCAAUACCUGUAUAGGAGAGAUCGCCGUGACGUCACGCGUUAACAUCUGUUUAUCUGGUGGUUGGCAAAACAAAUGAUUUUAACACCGUUUGCGUAUUGAAUCAGAAUUUUUAAUUUUUAAUAACUUUUUUGCUCAUUUAUGGAUUUUCAAAAUUCAAAAAGAUUUGAAAUACUAACAAUCUUCAUAUUUUUGUAUCCAAAUAUCUUUUUACAAUCAAUAACCGUUUUAAAAGACAUAUAAUUUUAAAAGCGGCGUAGUGAUUUUCACAACCUUUAGAAAAACAGUGUAAGUUAAGCGUUCAUAAUUAAUCCAUUUUAUUUCGAAAUAACAAUUAAAAGUAAUCAAUAAAUUGCUUGUUUUAUAACCUUUCCACUGAUCAAAAAAUUAUUUAUGUAAUUUGUGUUUUAAGAAAGUUUAGACCGUUAGAAAAACAUCACUGUUUACAAAAAACAUGGACGGCCGGCUUCUGCCCACCCGAUCACUGUCUUAUCAGUUCUAAAAAUAGAAUUUGUAUACAAACACGAUCUCUCCUAUUUUCCGUUUCUUUCUGUUAGAAAUUACAAACACUCACUUUCUGUAGUUUUAAGUUGAAGCUAUUACUGUGGAUGGAGACCCCUGUGAAAUAUAAGAUGCAAGUUUCUGAACUUUCUUUGUGAUAUAUUAUGCUGUGAAAUGUUUAGUUUAGAGCUUUUACUCAUGGAAAUGAUAGUUUGUCUUAAUACCAGGCCUGUUCAAUAAUAACGUAGACUUUUGCUGUCAAAUGUUGCAUAUUGUAAAUAAUAAUUUGAAAUAUAUCGUUGUAAUUCGGAAUCUUUCUGUAAGUUGGUCAUACAUUUUUUGUAACAUUUUUGCUAAUAAGUGAAGCGCGUCGGACGUUUUUAUUACCAUAGCUACGCAUAACCGGCGCAGUCGCUUUUUGAUCUGUCGUGAUUUGAAUUCGAUCGCUAAUGUUCGCACUAAUAAUAAUCUUCUUUGCUCAAAAAAUGCCCCAAAGUGUAGCAACACGUCAGGGCGAUAUGCAUCUGGAGUAUGGCGUCAUUCCGACGUGUGUGGCGGAGGAAAACAACUUUUUAACAAAGUGAGUGUUACUGUUUAUAAUGCAUGUAAUGUCGUCAUCGACUCGCACGGAUACUAAGACAGUAGCUUAAUUAUUGAUACAAUUGGGCGAACAGCAACUGAAAUUCAUAAACUUAUGAAGCAGACGCCACAACAAUGUUCAGUCAUCUGUGUCUUUAUCUUCAAGUAGUACAAACGAUUCUCAAAGUGUCCAGAAUUGCUUAAAGACAGUGCAGAUAGAGGGAGAAAACGGAAAAAAUGCGAAUGGAUGUUAACGCCAAUGUAUGACGCCGUAGAUAAAGACCAAGUACUCAGUUUGAGUACACUAUCCAAGAUGCAUGGCAUAAAUGUUAAUACAUUUUUAGUAUUUUGACCAAACAAUUUCUAAUGACUAAAAUAGUGCUCAUGAAAAUUUAUAAAAUAAAUUUUCAAAUAUGAAUUAAUGCAAUUUUAAUGAAAGCAUCACAAUGUAGGCACGACGUCGUUAACGUGGUUGAAAUAUGAUCGCCGUGCGCCGGGUCCGUGUAAGUGACUGUCUUCGAGGAAGUGUUACUCCUACAACCAUGAUCAUAAUCACGUCAAAUUAGCAGUGCAUUUAGUAGAAUGAUUACAAAUAACGAUGGUAUAUUUCUUUUUUUGCUUCAUUAAAGUAUACAAAAGCUAGAGAAAAAUUCUACGUAAUUUUUGAAGAGCCCUCGUACAUGGACUUUUUUUCAAAGGUUAUACAUUUGAUACGCGAAAUGACUGUUCGAAAUUAAAAGCAAUUGAAAUAUUUCUACGUUACAGGGAUAAACAGGUUCGGCUAUAUAACACAAUAUAUAUCUAUGCAUUCGUAUUAUCAAUUAACACGGUUGAAUAAAGAAAUAAAGACAAGUCAUUUUGUACUACAAUAACAUGCGAUAAAAACAUUAGCUGCCAAAACGUUUGUGUCGCGGAAACUGGUGACUUAUUCUAAUUUAGGUUUCCAUUGCUUAAUUUAAUUGAGUACGGGCUCUAAAACUUGCCAUUAUUUUAUUGUACCAUUUCUUAAUGUUUUCAUUAAAUAUUUGUAUCAUUUACUUUGUACUUGAUAUUGAAAAUUUUAAAUACAUUAUAUAUACACAAUUUAUAGAUUUCUUUGAUUUAAUAAUGUCGUACCAAAUAUUAAACGUUUGACAAGAGAGGAAGGAACUUUUACCUUAAGGAUUAAUAUUUGAAUUACUACUGACAUGAAAAUAAUGAACGGCUAAAGGCAGAAGAACCACUGGACAUUACAAGAGACAAUGAAGAGGACAGUUUUUGAAAAACAGUCGCAGAUGUUAACAUGGUGGAUUGAAGGGAGAAGAUAAGAUAAAGAAAUACUACAGUAAUUUGUUGAUAUAAUUUAAGGAAGAAUAAGUUCGAUUUAUAUGUAUAGCUGUUUCGAAAAAGAAAACAAGAGUGUAGCGAAUAUUGAGGGAUCAUUUCACGAGGUGAAGAGAACAAAUCUUUAUUUAGAUAUACCGCUUAAGUAUAAUUCGAUGUAAAAAUUCUCGAAUGUUUAAAGAAAAUGUUAGAAAAUUCUCUCGAUUAACGACUUUUGGAGAUGAUGUUCCUACAAUUUAAUAUUUAUCAAGUCAGGUUAUACCCCGAAACUCAUUAAAAAUUUUGAGAAAUAUUAGAUAACAAUUUUAGAAAAAAAAUCAUGAUAAGUGGGGAAAGCAUUGACAUUCUUGUAACGUAUUAGACAGCAAGUUAAAGUGAGGGAAACCGUUUUAAUAUAUAACAAUGCACGUUUCUUUUCGAAAUAUCAACAAAUAGAUAGUGUAAUUAUCAUUAGUACCGAUAUAUUAACGAAAGGCUGUGUGAUUUUUUUUUCAAGCAGUAAACGAAAAAUAUGAGCUUGAAUGUAUUAAUCAAUUCAUUUUUUUAUUCUUACGUUUAGUGUCACUCCGUCCGUACGUCAGCCAGAUGGCAACCUCUCACGAAUAAUUCUACACCCCUAGCGAUGUUUCAAACCCACAGCGGUAUUGAUGGAUUUGAGGUCAGCGACAAUAACCACUCAGCCACGGAGGCCCCUUAAUUUAUCUAUAUAGAGUAAUCUAAACCAAUAUAAUGUAGCUUGAUUUAUGUUAAAAAUACCGCAACAUAUUAUGUAUUUUCUUUAUCAAAUGUCACUGACCCCUCUCAAGUAUGCAUUGACAGACCAUUUUCAGAACAAACAGAAAUUAUGCGUUUAUCUUUUACUUAUAAAACUUUGUUUUAUUGUGGUGAGUGGUACAACUUGCAUUUGCCACAAUUAAAAUAAAAUGCAAAUACUUCUGCGAAUGAAUUUUAAGUUUAUGUCUAAAGUAAACAUGGUAUAUUUCGUUUUACCAUACCAGGCAUAUUAUUACGCAUCGCGUCAUGUAAAUGAAGAAAGUCACACAAUAGUGAUGUUGCCUCCCGCACUUGAAGCAAGUUAAUAUAUUAAGUGACUGUUUUUACUACAUUUAGUAACUGUUUUCCCGUUUAGGAAGUACGGAAAGACAUCAGUUUAUUUCUCCCCGGGGUGUUUCCAUACUGACUUAAUCCAUUUGUCCUGCUGUAAACUUUUAAGUUGCUAGGUUCUGAAAUAUUUGUAGAUAAUUAAGCUGAUUAUUUGUUAUGCAAUGCAAGAGUGCGAAGUGUAGAUAAUUUCUAACAAGGUCUUUGUUCCAUUGUUUGCCACUUCUUUCGAUCACUAUCAUAAAUGUGAUAAGAUCUAAAGAAGACUGUAUAAGAAUAAUUUGCAUAAUUCGAAUAUACUGAUUGUCAAGAUAUUAAUCUGCGAUUUCACUGGUUGAAGAUCUUAAAUUAAAAAGAUAAGAAAUAAUGCGGCAUCCAGGAAAAAAGACAGUUAGUUAGUGGACAUCCACAGAACAAGCGUGUUAUACUUUAAUGUUUAAUUUCUUGUUAGUUCGGUUAACCGGCGUUGAAAGUGAUACAAAAUUUCUUAUCUAAUUAUAUUAACUGGAUAACCAGUGUUCAAAAGCUGACUACUUAUUUUGUUAUAAAUGUAUACCUUUUGUUAAUUUGAACUAUUGUGGAUAAAAUAAAAAUAGUAAAAUUGCACAGAAA